UCGGAAAAGGUUCUUGAGCUAAGAAUUCCACGUCCCGGAGCCGAUGGCUAGGAUCCCUGGAUUCUAACCCAAGGGCAAGAAAGAAAAAAUAAAUAAAUAAAUAAAACAAACUUGCAGGUUUUUUUUUUUCUUUUAAUGUUAAGCCAAAAUGUGAAAUUCAACGCUCAAGUACGUACUUCAGCUUUGCUGAUUGUAGAAGCAUUCGUUGGAUGCCGGAAUUCAAUCCGCGGAGAAAAAGAACAAUGGAUUAUUUGGGAAUUGAUUUCAGCUGCGCCAUCGGAUCUCUACGACACGGCAAGUUCCCGGAGAAAGACUGCUUACUUCCCCUCAUCUCCAAACUCCUCGGCUAUUGCAUCGUCGCCGCGUCCACCACCGUCAAACUCCCCCAGAUCCUAAAGAUUUUGAAGCAUAGAAGUGUUAGAGGACUCAGUGUUGUGGCCUUUGAGCUUGAAGUGGUUGGUUAUACCAUUGCCUUGGCAUAUUGCCUUCACAAAGGACUGCCCUUUUCAGCAUAUGGGGAAUUGGCAUUUCUUUUUAUCCAAGCUAUAAUUUUAGUUGCUAUAAUCUACUAUUUUUCUCAAGAUGUGGGUACCAUGACAUGGAUCAGGACAUUACUAUUUUGUGCUGUGGCACCAACUGUAUUAGCUGGUCAAAUUGAUCCUGUCCUUUUUGAAGCUCUAUAUGCAUCCCAACAUGCGAUUUUUUUCUUGGCCAAGGUUCCUCAAAUAUGGGAAAACUUUAAAAGCAAAAGCACAGGGGAGCUUAGCUUCUUAACAUUCUUCAUAAAUUUCGGUGGUGCUAUGGUGAGAGUUUUCACCAGCAUCCAGGAAAAGGCACCAACAAGUGUUACAUUGGGCUCUGUACUUAGUGUUUUGACAAACGGCACAAUCCUGAGUCAAAUUAUCAUAUACCAAAGGCCGUGUGCCCAGAAGGAAAAGAAAGAGGAUUAAACACAAACUAGAAGUCAUCUCUGGAUAGCUAAAGUCUCAUUCUUAGCACAAUAUUCAGAUGCUGCAGCUGGUGAGCAAGUGUGGCAAAACAGUAUAUGUUUGUAUUCAGUUCCUCGAUGUUUCAAUGGGAUAGCAUUAGCAGUAGUCACGAUACAGAAAGGAUACCUGACACUCUUAAUUUAAUGUUUCAUGAUGCAGAUUAGGGUUGAGAGAAAGCAAUUAAAUAGCUCAAGAUUGUCUGUUCGAUAUUCCUUUUUAAUAUAUAUGUUUCAUUCACUUGUAUUUUCGUGUCAGUCUGAUCUUUUGAAUUGCAUUAUCAUAAUCUGGUGAUCUCUUAAGAAGGCACUCAAGAAUUAAGAUAUUCUGGAUAAUUGAAGUGUCUUCUUUGUACUGACGGUUCUUGUAUUCCUUCGGGAUACGGGGGUGAUUGCAUCGCCAAAAUCUUAUGGCCGGAGCUGGCGAUGAACCAAGAUGAUCCCUGCAACUCCAGACAUACCAAAAUAUAAAUGAAAAUCACUUUGUUUUCGAUCCUUUUGAUCCAUCUUGGCUUGGUUUGGGAAGGUGCAGACUACAGAGUAAGUGGCUCGUGAUCAUUGAGCUAGGCUUUGUUCAGAAUAGAGAAAGAAUGUGCAU